AUGACUUCAGUCGGUACUGGUUACGAUUUAUCAAACAGUGUGUUCUCCCCAGAUGGUAGAAAUUUCCAAGUUGAAUACGCAGCUAAGGCUGUAGAGAACGGUGGUACCUCAAUUGGUAUCAAAUUUAAAGACGGUGUUGUUCUUGCUGUUGAAAAAAUCGUCACUUCUAAAUUAUUAGUUCCAGGUAAAAAUAACAGAAUUCAAACAAUUGGUCGUCAUAUCGGUGUUACCUAUUCAGGUUUAUUACCAGAUGGUCGUCAUUUAGUUUCAAGAGGUAGAGAUGAAUUCCAGUCAUUCAAAGAUCAAUAUAAAGAUCAAAUAUCUGUUCCAUAUCUAAUAGAUCGUUUAGGUAAUUACGUUCAAGCUUACACAUGUUAUAACUCUGUUAGACCAUUUGGUAUAACAGCUCUUUUCGGUGGUAUUGAUGAAGAUGGUCCACAUUUAUACAUGCUUGAACCAAGUGGAGUUUACUGGGGUUAUCAAGGUGCUGCUACUGGUAAAGGUAGACAAAGUGCUAAGAAUGAAUUGGAAAAAUUAGAUUCAAACACUUUAACUGCUAAAGAAGCCGUUAAAGAAGCUGCUAGAAUUAUUUACUUGGCUCAUGAAGAUAGUAAAGAUAAAGAUUUCGAAAUUGAAAUCAGUUGGGUAUCAACUUCUGAAACUAAUGGUUUACAUAAACCAGUUCCAGCUGAUUUAUUAAAAGAAGCUAAAGAAUAUGCUGAACAAAAAUUAAAUGAAGAUGAAGAUGAUGAUGAAGAUGAAAACAUGGCUGAAUAA